AUGCUUAGCCUCGUGAUUCGUGACCUAUCUGACGCCGAGAACAAUUGGGAACUCCUUCACUCGUAUGCUCAGAGCAUUUCAUUUCUUCUUAAUGAUCAACCCGACACUGACUCUGCUGACUAUUCUAAGUCUCAUGGCCCUGGACUCGAGCGCAUUUGCAACCUGGUACGGAAUCAAGAUUCUUCACUCAGUCAACAGAGAGAUGAAAAAAUAUGGCUAUCCAAAAGACUGGAUAUUUUACUCUCCUGCGUCAAGAAUCUGUCUGAAUGCCUCGGACUAAAUCAGAUCUGGUCUCGCGAGGCGUCAAAUAAAGAACUACUCUCUAUGAUAGAGAAGCUUCAUGCUACCUUCGUUUCACACGUCUCCGUACAAAAGGAGACCGCUUCCGAUAUUAAGAACAUCUAUGGAGCUGUAUUUUGUCUCUCUGAAGCUCUAUCGCCUUAUACCCAGCCUUUGUCGAAUACUGGGGUGCAGCCCCAUUGCAUAGAAACGGGUAGUGAAGUUGUACUUACAGAUUGGAAUCAUCUUAUCGCCAGGUUAAAAGAGCAGACUGAUGGCCUUCUUUCUUGCUUAUCGUGCAAAAAUCAGGCAAUAGAGACGAGUCUCCAACUUAGCGAAGACCUGUUCAGGGAUCUUUCGCAAUCAUUUGAUAACCAAGACCCCUCAUUUCAAGUUGUUGUACCUCGUGAUCUGGUGAGCUUUUACGCCAACCAGCGGCUGGACGUGAGCCGACUUUCAAGUCAUCAGGAUCGCUUGGAGAUGCUACUUAUCCGCCUGAAUAAAGCCCCUAAGAAAGGCUCGACCUCCUUUAAACUAGCUACUCGGUUAAAGCGCAUGCUUUUCCAGAUGCGCGAGACUCUCGCUUAUCUAAUACAGCAAACAGGGAGUCAACAAAAUUCAGUUGCUGCUCAGGUUUCAUCCAAGACGUCUAUUUCUGCGAUGGAAAUCGAUUCAGAAAGUGAAAGUGGUUACUCAUCAUUAGACGAUUUGCUUGCUGAAACAGAGACUGCCUUCUCUUCUAUCCAACUUCAUCUGUUUAGUGGCCAAGAUCCCGUUUCGGAGUUGAAAGUGGAGCAGAUACAGAUUCAUUCAUCAAACAGUCAACCACGACCGGUGGCUGAUAUAGAAUUAGAAGGGCGAGCUAUAAGGCUUCAGCGUCGCAGGGCGUUGUCAGUUACUUCGGGCAUCUAUCGAAAUGCAUGUUUGCGUUGUCUGCUACAACGCCAGGUGACUAGCAUUGGGGCGGAUGGAGCUGCUAAGUCUAUAAUUCACAGACCUUGCUCGCUUGACCUAACUAGUCCGUCUACUGAGGUCGACAACCUGCCGAGCGGGCAAGUGCUGUCAGUGGUCAACUUGUUCGAUGAUGCCUUCCUCCGCCUGCUUUCGACUCCAGUCCUUUCUGAGCUCUAUCACUCUUUGGGUCGUCUGGUCCAUUCACAGCUCAAC